AUGGCUUCAUGUUUUUCAGUUGCAUUGUUGGCACAAGUAGCAGUCGUCGAGCCCAUCAGAGUGCAACUUUGGUUAAAUGUCGUGAAUUGUAUGAUUGAAUCAUCCAUGUACCAAUGUCCUCCACGGGAUCGCCACUUUUUUUCUUCAUCACGACCCAUUUUGUUGAUCCGACGUUCUGUAUCAACUGUAUACAGAUUCGUUGCUUCUCGCACCACACAGGUUUUUCGUGCGGCCAAAACUGUUGUUAAGUGGUUCAUUAUUGUCGACCCACUGAUAAAUUCUAUACUAAUCAAUUAUCUCAUUGAUAGGCUUUGUACUUUUGGGCAUGCUAUAUUGCGAGUGAAAAAGCGUAAGACCGAGGAGAGACAACCAUGUUCCCCCAUAAUACAACACGCACACGUCAAGAGGCGCAAACGUCCUCGUCUGAAGAUCGUGGCCAUCAAGAGAAAGCGGAGGCGUCGAAGACAGCAUCGCAUCGAGCGUCCACCAACAAAUAUGUACCCAAUAAUGGAAAUCCAGAUGGUGGCUGUUCCACUUGCUCUUCCCAGUUCAACUGCGCUGGUGCACUAUCAGCAGCGGCAACAGCAGCUACCGCAACAUCAUCCUUGGUACGACCUCUCCCUUUCUGAAGAAGCCCUCUCGACCUGCUGUUGUAGUUGA